AUGGAAAAUCAACGGAUAACUAAAAGUCUUAAAUCUACCUCUUCCUUAAAUUCUAAAUAAUCUACUAAAUAAAUCUAAUGUAAUAAAGAGUAAAAUAUCUAAUAGAACCAAAUGUAAUCAUUCAAUAACAUCCAACUCAAUUAAUUUAGAAAUCAGUUUAAUAAAAUAUUCCAUUAAUUCCUCUUUAAUAAGUAAACCGUGUAUUACCAACAAGAGAUACUCCAAUAUUUAAAUAAAAUUAGUGUGAAUUAUAUUCUUGUACAAAGUAUUCAAUCAUUAAAAUAUUAAAUUAGAGAUGCCACUAAUUUAAUGGCUAAAUUAGAUUCCCUAAGAGAAAUCAAAUCAACAGAUAGCCCAAUAACCAGUCAUGUUUCUCCUAUACCUUCUACAUAAUAGAGUGUAAUAGUAUUGAAAUAAAAUAAUCCAUCAAAAUCAUAAUAAUUAUUACAAGUUGCUUGUUCUAGUUGUGUAGAACCUUAUAAAGUUUGUAAUAAGAAUGUUACUUAAAGUUAAUAAUUAAGUAAAACACUUCCUCAAAAAAAGAAUUAUGAAGAAAUGAUAGAAAUAUUAAUGAAAGAAUAAGAAUUUUUAGUUUAAUAAUAUAAUGAUUAAGUCAAUAUAUUUGAAAAUAAAAUGAAAGAGCUUUCAUAAGAGAAUAAUAAUUUAGUUGAAUAAAAUAAAUUAUUCUUGGAAUAAAAUUUAUAAUUAAAUGAAGAAGUAACCUAACUUAAAUCAAAACAAAUAUCAUUAUAAAAUUAAUCAAUAAAUCAAAAUACAUAAAAGACAGUUUAAUUAUUAGAAUAUCAAUUAGAAUAAAAAAAGGAAGAAUUAAAUCAAUUAAUAGAGAAAAUGAAUGAAAUUCUAUCUAUUAAUUAGUAAACAUAAGAAAAAAAUAAUGAAUUAUCAUAAUAAAUUAAUACUAUUUUAGAAUAAAAGGAAAAAGAAAUAAAUGCUUAUUUUACUUAGAUUACUAUGUAUAAAUAAACAAUCUAAGAUCUUGAGUUAAAAAUUACAUAAUUACUAUAAAAUGAUUAAUUAUAAUAAAAAACAUUGAAAGAAUAAUAGAAUAAAUUAGUAGUUAUUGAACAAUCAGAAAGAAAUAAAUAAUAGUUAAAAGUAAAAUAUAUAAUUUAUUUAUAUUAGAAUAAUGUUAAAGAAACAUUUGAAUACAAAUAAUUAAUUUUGGAAUUAGAUAGCAAAUGUGUUACAAUAACUGAAAAAGAUAAUUAAAUUGAAACUUUAAAAAUUAAAAACAAGAUGAUAUAAUAACAAUUAGCUUAAACAUAAGAAUAUUAGAUUUCUCUUAAAAAUCUUUAAGAAGUUUUGAUAUAAAGAGAUAAAGAAAAUGAAGAAUUAAAAUCUGAUUUAAUUAAUAAAGAUUAAGAAAUAGAAAGAUUAAAUUAAUCAUUAAAAAUGGUAAGGAAAGAGAAAGCUAAAUUAUCUAUAAAUUUAAUGAAUGCUGGAAUGGCAAAUCUUGUCAUGUUAUCUUAAAGCUAAACUUAAUAAGAUGAGAUUAUAGUUUGA